UGAACUUGGUCGAUCUGAAUAUCGGAGUCACAGGUCCCUCUAUUCGAGACUUCGAUUCGGAUUCUUAUCGUUAUCAGUGUUUGUAACCGUAUCGUAUGAUUUUCUCUCGAUCAUUCAACACUUGAAAUUAUCGGUAUAGGUUCUUUUCGGACAACUUCAUCGUGUCGGUCUUCGGAAGAAGAUGUCGCUCCUCUCUGAUCGCUCAUUCCUCUCCAAAAGAUUCCUCAGCCUCAACACAUCUCUCGAAUAGCCCUUAGAGUGCACCGUCAGCGCCAAUGCCAAAGGUCAUCAUGAUAAUCAAUGACUCGCUUAGAUGAGCUCGAUUAUGAUGUCGUGUCAACCGCAACAAAGAGUCUUCACGAUCCGGCGAGGACUAUCAGCAAAGCAUACACAAUCUUUCCCAGCAUUCUCAAUGAAAACUAAGUAAUAUUAGGCUGCUAGCAGGGGGAGGCACACAGCUUCGAUAAAAGUCAGAAGCUGAUUCUGACAGUGAAGCAUUGCGUAUCUCCACUACUAGCCAAAACAAUUUUGAUUUUCAACAUCAUUUUAUGUUAUACAAAGUAUCUACUGAGAUAUAGAAAAAGUACGCUUCCGUUUUUCCUCACCUAUUUUUAUAUAUACAUUUAAUCAAAAAUCACAAUCACUAUCACACUCCCUCUGGAAGAUAUUACAAUUUGAACCUAGCGCGUUAUUGUAUGUAGCGACUCAAAAAAGAUUGUCUACAUUCAUUUGUAUGACAUCAUCAAAAUCAAGAACAAGAUCAAGUAUAAUAUUAUUGCUGACAAGUUGUAUAACUAUAAGCAAAUUUGCAUAAAACAUAACCUAGUCUGAAGCUUCGUCCGUCCAAUUCGCUUACGCUGGUGUCUGACUCUGUGAAAGCAUAAGAUCCCCUCUCCGUAAAUCCGAAUGCGUAAAGUUCAUGUAGAACUAGAUCUACGUCUCGUCCUCGCUGGUUGUCGUGGUUCGGCCUUUCUAUUCAUGAUUCAAAACUCCGUUUGUGUUCACGACAUUGCUGUGUGUAGAAGUCAUUCUCCUCUAUGGAUGGAUAUUCCUUCGGUAUCAAAUGAAAUCCGUCGAGCAUAACCUCCAGCUCCAACUCUAUAUCCACAACCACAUCCAUGAAGUUGAUUAACUUACUCCCGCAUGCUUUUUCGUGGUUACCACAUUCUUCUGAUAAAACUCCACCCUCGUCUUGGUAAGUCAUCGAGCGGCAAUGAGGCUUGCCUUCGGGCAAGAUGAUGCCCUCUCUCUUCGCUGAGCGCAGUGCAACAGUACCAAAAGCAUCUAAAAGAGGAGGCAACAGAUUCAAGGGAAGCCUUUUCGUUUACAAGGCGCACACCGACAUACGUGGGAACAAGAUAUCUUGGUGGAGCAGAAAUAUGGAGUGCUCUUUCUAUCUUGCUGCACAUAGAUAGAUGAACUACAUGUCAUUUCAUGAUUUUCAUCAGUUACUAGACAGUGACAGUUAUGUUCGUCCACGUGGAAGUAUAUUUUUUCUGCUUGUUCGAGAUCGAGUUCCCCUGACAACUACUGUAGUUCACACUAUGUAUCAUGAUGACAGACUAUCACACAAGCUGCAGCUCCUUUGGAUAUCGAGUUCAUUGUCGUCUAUUUCAUCUCCAUUAAGGUUCAUUCGUAAUUGUAUUCGUAGCGGGUUCACCCCGCGUAGAUCAAGGGGCACGGCGGGGACAGACCAAGUGCUCGAACUGACGCCUGUCAUGCGUGUAUUGCCCCCACCCGACUACAGCGGGUUCGACUUUCUCGGAGCGGCAUCGGGCGGCGGAAAGCAAAAUCUUUUCCCGCCACUCAAGAGAGAGAUCCCCCUUGCGUUUUUUCGGACGCUUUUCUCUAUUUUAAACCGCCGUUUUGGCGACAAACAUGGCGAAAUUCCAAGCACACACUUCGAGCGCGCAAUGACACGGGUAGCAACCCACUUAUACCUCUACACCAGCUCCAGCCUCUCCGACUGCCUGUGUGAAAAUCAUCUUGGUUACUCUUUGCUUCUCUACUAACGCUUUCUUCCAGGUCAGUCAUAUUCUGAUUGAUCUUUGUUGUAUUUUUAGAUUCGAGCCAGUUACUUCAUCAUGGUCAGUUACUCUAUUUCCACUGUUCUAACUCAGGUCUGCCGUAUGAUCGGCGAUAAGGAGCGAACUAUUGUCGCUGAGCGAUAUGAUGUCGACGGUUCCGGUUCAGUGGGCUGGUGGGAGUUUGUUGCCUGCUGGAGAGAUAACCGCUUCUACGUAUUACUUUUGAAUGAUGGAGCAAUCAGUGAUGUAGAAGCAACUACAACAACUACGGUAGUUACUGUUACGUAAGAUGAAAUGACGUACUUCAUCCAAAUACAACAAGUCUAAGUCUUAGUGUAACUACUUGUACAGCUGCCUGCAGCUGCAUCUCCACCUGCAGUAUCAAUUCAUAAAUAUGGUCCACAAUAGAUACUUGCAACAAAUCCUAGCUUCAUCAAUUGGGAAUCCUUCCAUCUUCGAUUUACUUGAUUGUGCUUAAAGAUGUUAAUACACUGUAUUACAGGUAAGCCUGAGUUUUUGGGAACGCAUCAGUUUGACAUUUGAAGACCCGACGUCAUCGCGACUAGCGCGGUUUCUGAGUCUAUUUUUACUUCUUACGAUUCUCAUGUCGUCGGUUCUAUUUGUCAUAGCGACUUUACCAGUCUUCCGGCAAUGGCCUGAUGGGAAUUGCGAAUCCAGGUACAACGCUCUUACAUCAUGCUUAGGCGAGUUUUAAAACACCCACUGAAUCAAGUAAAAGAUCGUAAAACUAAAAACGAAAAGUAGUUGAUGACGCACACCUACAUGAUCAAGUACAACAAGUGAAUCGUUGUUGUUAUUUGUCUUUGUCAUUGGGUUUCGACUACACGACGCUUAUCUAUCAGGUGCGAUGUGAAAAACACUGGGAUUAUUCUUUCGGCGGAGGAAACAUCGUACUGUGAGUCGAAGUGCGAGCCUGUCCCACACGGCAUGUUCGAUCUCCUCGAACUGGCGUGUGUGCUUGUUUUUACAGCAGAGUAUAGUAUUCGCAUUGUUGCAGCCCAGGGCUGCCGCAACGAACUGAUCCAUCUCGUGGGUCUCCAUCAGUUGGUCCUCAACGAGAAUAUGCGUCAGAAACGAGGCCCGAUCUAUCGGAUGUGGGUUUUCUUCGUCGAUCCACUGAAUAUGAUCGAUUUACUAGCAGUAGUUCCGUUCUACGUGGAACAAUUAGUCGGCAGCGGAAUGCAAGGAUCCACGGUGCUGCGUGUCAUCCGUCUAACGCGUCUUUUCCGUCUGCUCAAGGUUACUGCCUUCUCUAUAAAGAUGACUUAAGUAAGUAGUAGACUGAUUGUCUUUAUGUUAUUCAAUUUGAGUUACGCUUACGCAGCUGCAAGUAGAUGAAGUUCGAGUUCGUAAUCGUUUGAUCUAUUUUUUUACCUCCUGAUCCCUCCAUUUCCAAGGAAAGAACCCAAGGCGCGUCCCAACGAAAAAAUCCUCAAAUCAUUCUCCAUCAGAUCGCCCGAUACUUUCAGACCUUGAAAGUGAUUGUACUUGUGGUAGAGCGCGCGGCUGCGGGGCUGAUCGUGCUACUGUUUGUGCUGAUGUUGUGCGUGGUCUUCAGCGCAUCUGUUCUCUAUUUCGCAGAAAGAGGGACGUGGGACCCACAAACUGAUACAUAUAUCCGAUUCAACUGGGUCGCUGACGCGAUGGAAGAGACUCCCUUCAAAUCGAUCCCGCACUCGAUGUGGUGGGCUUUCGUCACAUACACCACAGUUGGGUACUACUUCUCAAUAAAACUAAGUACUUUGAUGCGCUCCUAUUCGAUUGUCCUUUUGCUCCAGUAUUUCUUCGGAAGUCAGUGAUAUAUAUUUAUAUACAUAUUCCAAAGCUUAACCCAAAGCCAAAGCGAAUUCAUUUUAUAAAAGGGGACCUUUUUCUGCUCUACCCUUGAACACUUGAUCAACGCAUUACCAUUACCCACCAUCAUCAGGUAUGGUGACAUUGUGCCCUAUUCCGUGGUUGGCCAGCUACUCGCGAUUCUGUCUAUGUUGUGCAGUAUGCUUUCUGUUGGUAUGCCUACGUCUGUGCUGUUGAGGUACUGCGAGAACCACAUUUGAAUUCAGAUUCUCUUGCGUAUGACAGAUGGCAGCUGCCAGCUGCAGUUCCACAACAAUGACAAGAGUUAUUUUCUGCUUCUGGCUAUAAAGAUUCGAAUUUGAAUUUCAAUCAGAUAUGAGGAGCGAGAGCGUGGUGGGGUUGCCUUUUUUCAAAGACUGUAUCAACACGCUCACCUUAUUUGUUAUUGUUUCUAUCUUUCUUCAGGUGCUUCAAUGACGUGUGGGAUGAAAACGUGCAGGAAAGGCUGGAGCGAGAGCGACAAACUCUGGUAAUCUUACAGGACCUGUUUUUGGCUUCCUCUUCACUUUGGUUUUUAAUCGUUAAAGGCACAACAUCUGUCAUUAAAAGCUUCUGCUUCUGUCUCUGAAAAAGAUGUGUUCAACAUCAUCGGUCUCAGAUUGGCGCUAAGUACAAGAUUUGAAAAAUUGUUUCUCAUCUUUUCAGGUCGAACGCGAGGCCGUGGAGAACGUGUUUUUGUACUCCGAACCCUGGAAGCAGUGUCGUCGUCUUGCCGUCGACGUGUACCAUGAGACGCUGAGCAGCACCAGCCACGACUUCUUAGGGCAGGUUGUACUUGAGUUCGACACCAUUGGCAUGCCGCGUCAAGUCGGAGGCAGCAUCAAGGAGAUGAAGAACUGGACUACGAGCACCAGUGAAGCUAUCCACGGCAGUUCUCGCAGUGCCGCGCUGGACGACGAUCACUUGCUAAAUACGUCCAGAGCCCUUACCCCGAAGGAAAUCGAGGAAUUGCAGAGAAGGCAAAUGAAUCUGGAAAGAGACCACGGUAGUGAAGCGGAACUGCGCAGGUGGGAGUCCGCAGCGCGAAACAACAUGUGGAAUCCGUGGGGAGCCGAGUUAGAACUCGAUCUGCAGGACAACUUAAUUAAACCUAGAACGUCCACCAUCGGCGGCGUCCGUGGCAGCAUCCGGCUCAGCGUAGAGUGGGUGCCAGACGAAUCAGCGGACUGGAUUGAAAUCGAGAUUCCGCAGAGAAGUGGAAAAAUAGCAGAGAAGCAGAAGAUCGAGCAGCGCCUCGGGCAUCAUGCUUUGCAUAUACCUCAUAUCAAACAGGUGCACUCACGAGGGGGCUCGCAUGAAGUUGAUGCAGCGGGAGCUUCAGGCUCAGGCGCACAUCGCCGCCCUCCAGGAGGAGCAGGUGCAAGUUCAAGUGGUGGGAGCAAAAACAAUCUGCAGCUAGAGGACGUGAUGUCAGACGAUCCACCAUCGGCGCCAUCCCAAGGUCCUCACGCAUUCAAGGGAAAACUCGUGAUGGGGCAUCCGAUUUUGGAGCCCUCCGAGGGUUUCCAUAACGCGGAGCUCGGAGGCGCUCCCGCGGCGGCGGAAGCACUCGCAGGGGGUGGACUCUUCAUCCAAGGCGAUAGCUCCUCCGGCGAAGAAGGACUAGAUCCUCAAUCGUCCUCAGCAUAUCCGAGCAGCGGAGAAGACCACAAUCGACGCGCGGUGAGCAAAGACGAGGUCGAAAUACUUGAGCCGGGGGCACUAGGCGCAGAAGACGAUGAUGAUGAGGAGGACGAUAUAGCAACGGACGCAGAAGAAGGCGUAGAGAGCCGGUUGCGCAACAUAGACGCAUCCGGUACUGGCUCCUCUGUCAUGGACAACUUUGAGGGAUCACAUAGUGGCGCGGCUCUCCCUGACGACUCGCCCGCUGACAACGAGGAGACUACCAGGAAACAUUCCUCUACUACGUCCCGCCUACCCGCAGUAAGCGAGGGUGCAGAGGGUGGCAUCGAGCUAGCGGGGAUCGGUGCGGGAAUCGAGGGUGUCCAAUAUGAUGAGGAUGCGGAACUCGAGCCGUUAGAGACCAGCUUUGACUUCGAAGGCGUACACUACGCAGCGUCUGACCUGAACGCUGCCGCGAACUCGCGCAAGUUCAAGCUGGCCGCCCCAGGCGCCGCAGGGAGGCCGCGUGUGCCAGCCGCUGCAGCAGGUAGGGGACUGCCGCCAAUUUUGGGUGGGAUGUCUGCAGAGGAGGCCGCACUGCAUAACGUCACCCAAUUGACGCGACACCCUUUGGCGCAAGGACAACCAAGUUGUGGCCGAAACGAGCCAGUCGCGCCAUCGCGAAGCCGGAGUCCGCACCGAAACAUCGAAGUCAUAGAUACCCAGUGCUCGUCGGCGUCGUCGAAAGAGGCUACGUCUGCUUCCGAGUCAGAGGUAGCGACAAACCGGGGUGCCCACGCGAGUAAAUCUGGCGGCAAAAAUGGACCGCUAGCGGGAAAAAAGGCGAGAGCUGGCGGAUCGCGAAAAACCAAAGCUGGCUCGCGCAAAGGGGGCAACAUGAACCUAGAAGGAACCCACUUGGCCGAACCAAGACGAGGUAAUGUGUCAACUCUCAAGGUAGCAGAAGCACAGGAGGCACAGCAAGAAGUGCCGACCGCGAUCAUGAAGAUGUGUCCUGGUACACUGAGAGUGCGCGUUAUCAGUAUCACCGGUCUUGUAGGCGCGCGCGAAACCAUCGAAGGCGAGGAUGAGACGCACACGCCUGAGUCCGAAACCGGUGCCGUCGGUAGGGUCAACGCGGCUGUGGGCGCAGCAGCGUACGGCGUGGGAAUCAGUCCCCAGCGGUCUGGGUCCGGAAGCUCCUUAGAAGCAGGUAGUAAGGAGCAUCAUCCCAUCGAAACAGAGAGACUAGCGGACGGAACAAAUCCGCGUAUCAUCUCAACGGCAAGCUAUUCCGAACUCCAGACGGACCAGACAGCCUCAUCAAAGAUAAGUCCUCUCUAUCUUUUAUAGUUAGAGUAAGUAAAAAAUAACGGGUUUCGAGUUGCUCGAGUUGCCGAGGCGAAGAGUUCCAAUUCUGGGACGAGUUGCGACGAGUUGCCGGAGGAAACCUGGCCCAUCGAAAUGGGGCAAAGCAGGGCGGCGCGGGCAUGCGGGGCGCCGUCUUCGCAAAAGAAGGACGGAGAGGCGCCGCCCCCUUCCGUUUGGGAUCGAUAGGGGAGCGCGGCUCUCGACUCGAUGGCGGGGGCAAGUGCCUCGCCACCCCUGUGGUUUAGUUAGGGAGUCACAAGCUAGGCAUAGGCUUUCGCCCCGCUGCGUUGCGGUGUGAGCGAGGAACUCCUGCCGGGGUGGGUUCGUAGCCGGCUUACGGCUGGAGGGUGCCGCUGUAUUGCGAGCGACAUUAGGAAAAAUGCGGCGGGGGUUGAUGCAUCUAUUGGCGGGUAGCGGCAGGUGCAGUCUGACGUUGCUGGUGGGCAGCUGGGUAGGCCGUUGCGGUACAUGCCACACCCCCCAGGGCCCCCGCGUUGGAUCCUUUGCGGUCAUCUGACUGUCCCCCCUUGGCUGUCUUCCCCUGGAGGAUGCCUCUCCUGCCAGCCCGCAGUCCUCGCCUGGUAAAGCAAGCGUCCCGAGGGCGCACCACCAAGAAGAAAAUCAAGGAGCAGGGACACAACUCGCAUUGCCUUGCGCUCCUCCUAAGGUCUCUCAGUGUCUCAUGAAGCUGCGCCUGAAGGGCGCCGCGCAAAAAAUUACUGUGGGCAACUCGAGCAACCCGAGCAACUCAACCCGAUACGGGUCAAAAAGGUCCUUACUCUAUUAGGUUUAUGCCAGGGAGAUGAGUAGCGUUCUGAUUCUAUACCCGCUGCUUUACUAAGCCUUGGAGGAAUUGGAGUACUAUUCUACUGGUACUUAGUACUGUAAAUUCCUACUUUCUGAAUGCCAAUGCAAAUUCCUUAAUCACUUGAUAUUCCGUGCCUCCUUUUUCGGUACUAGGUAGCUUGGACGAAGCAUUUUCUAGUCUUUGAAACGUUGUCGUCGAUUAUUCAUAGAUUGAUCCCUAUCUUCUUCUUUUAUGGUCCGAGUGGGUUGUAAUUGUAAAAAUAGAGUGCGCCUCUCCACCCCGCUUUCAUCACAUGGCACACGCGGCUCGAGCAAGACAUCUGACGCGUACGUAGUCGUGACCGCGUGGAACAGGCCACCAGAGAUAGGCCAGGAAGAAGAGGGCGACGACGAAGAGGAUGAGGGCAUCCUAGAGGAAGCAGACCAGGAGGAUGCUUUUAGCGUCUCGACACGUUUGGGAGAUGUUUCGCACUCGAAACGUACCAAAACCGUGAUGGACAGUAUGAACCCGGUCUUUGAUCAGCAGGUCGAGUUCUACUACCCCUGGCUGACGGUGAAAGAGGAAAUGCGACGGGCGCGAUCGCAAACGGAGGAGUCAGCACUGACAAGAAAACAACUGGCUAGCAUGUCUCGGCGCUUCGGAAAGAUUGAAAAGAUUCUGGGCAACACGCUCAAACGAAUCUCAGCGAGCUUCGGAGCAGGAGACUAG